AUGGCUCAACUCGAACGCCCACAGAGAAAUGUUGAUACUUCAAAAACUCCUACCAUCCAUACCAUGGAACAACUCCUCCGAGGAGAAUCCUCAAAGUCUAGUAAGCUGUCGCCAACCUUGUCUUCUUCCUCCUCGAGUUCUUCCCAAUCCUCUCCUUUCUUCCAGAGGUUGAGGCACCAUGACUUGGAAGAAGACCAUGGCCAGAAUCAGAAGAAAUCAGUUCUCAGUAAAGUGAAGGAGAAGGCCAAGAAAUUACGCCACAGCCUCAGCAAGAAAAAACACGAGGACGGAAAUGUCACUAGUCCUACAGGGGCUGCUGGCCUUGAAGGCGAUGGAGUAGAAGAAGAUGCUGAAUUCCAUGGAGCUCCGAUGUACGAAUCAGAGAAGACACCUGAAGGAUACAAAGAAAAUGCAAGUCCAGUAACCCCUGAGAAGCAUGUUAAACCAAGAGUGGAACAAGCUCGAGAGAAGUCAUUAAGUCGUUCACUGUCCAAGAGAACAACCCAAGCUGCAACAGCAACAAGUCCAACUGCUACUACUGCUACAUCAUCUACAACUCUUUCUAGUCCAACCAAGACAAUGGCCAAAACCAUAGCCGAUAAAGUGACACCAGCUUCUGCUGAAGGAUUAGAUGCAGCACAUUCUAUAACCUCAAAACUUCAAGGCCUCACUGUUUCCAAACCAACAGAGCAUCAUAACGCUUCAUCAUCAACAGCUGCAACAAAAACACUUAACACUUCUUUGUCCUUUGCUACUCCACUUACUCCUCCUGCCAAGUUGCCCUCUCAAACUACUUCAAACCCAAACCUUCUGCGAAUUUCAUCAGCUCCGGUGACUCCAUCGCCUUCAUCUGCUCAACCGAGUGGGAAGAAUACCAGCCCCACAUCCCAAAUAUGGGACAAGGGUGUUUCGAUGAAGGAGUACUUGAUGAACAAACUUGAACCCGGUGAAGAUGAGAAAGCUUUGUCUCAAGUGAUAUCUGAAGCAAUGAGUCCUAGAAGAACUCCUGGUGAUGCAGGGGUGAUGGAGAAGGUGAGAGAAGCUGUAACUUCUUUGCUCCGAAAUGAGGAACCAACAAAAUAUGCAGAUGCAGCUCACACUACUCGCAUGUCAUCUCAAACCCCAGCAUCUAAUACCAACGUUACUCGCGCUUCAUCUCAAAUCCCAGUAUCUUCCAACGCUCAAGAAGUGGUUCAGGAAGAAAACCAUGGCAGAAUUCUUCACGCAAAUUGAAAGUCCCCGUAAUAUGUGUUUUCUACAUGUUUGUGUAUGUAUUGAGUUUUUGUUCAACCUUUGUGUGUAUGUAGAUAAUUAGGCACGAAACAUGAUUUCCAUUAUAUUUGUAAAACUUAAUUUGUAUGUAAUAAACUGUGUUCCGGGUGUAACGGCCUGAAGGAUACAUUGUAUAUUUGUAUUACAUUACACUUUACAUAUUCUUCAGUGCUUUUUUUUUUUCACUGCCACAGAAUUUUCUUUUAUU